AUGUCAGACCCAAUCACCGAGUUCGUAACCUUCACGCCGCGCGACCUCGCCUCCCACCCAUCCGCCCCCUUCGGCGCAGUCGCGAGCACGCUCCUCGCCACGCCGGGCGUCGAGUCCCUGCACACGGGCCCGCAGCACGAGGACCCGGCCACGCACCUCCUCGCCAUCCACUGGACCUCGCACGCCGCCUUCACGGCCUUUGCCGCGUCGGACCGCUACACGCCCUGGCUCGCCGACCUCAAGGCCCUCCUCGUCGGCCCGCCGCGCUUCCACCAGGUCCGUCUCGCGCACGCGGCGACGGCCGUCCUGGCGGCCCCCUGCACCGAGAUCAUGACGGCCUACGACAUUGACAGGCCGCUCUUCCCGGAGAACCUGCGCCUCUUCUCCGAGCGCAUGGCGGCCGCGUGCGCGGCGCAGGGCACGCGGGGGUGGCAUGCCAAUGCGCACGGCGAGGUCACGACGCCCAUCGCCAGGGACGUGGACGGGACGCCGGGGCCGGCUGCCGUGCUGCUCGUCGGGUGGGACAGCGUGGAGGAUCAUGCUUUGGCCAAGGGGGGCCCUGGACUGAUACGCAAGCUUGCUUUCGGCAAGUGCUCCGGGGUUCGCCCUCCGACGCUCUGCCGCCGCCGCCAAGUCGGCUCUGGAUCACGUCAGCAACAGUCGAUGUUCAGUCCAUGUUGCGUUAUGAAAUUGUGCUGGGUUGACUUGAGAAUAAGGGACGCCGGUGAGCUCACGACGUGGAACGGUAAUUGCGCACGGCAAAAACACAAGUGCAAGCAGCAAGGGGAAAUCGGCGUACUUCCCCGUGCAAGAGUAGGACUGGGCAUGGGAGACGAUGUGCAACGCAAGGCAAGGCAGGGCAGGAAAGGGUUAGAAAGAGAGAAAGACGGCUAUUAA